AUGGGGAACGUACAAGAACCAGCUAAACCUGCCGUUGCAAAACAACAAAUAAUUACUGGUUGUUUAUCGGAAUUCAUGAAAACCGUUCCUAUCGAGAUUAAACUUUAUACAUUUUCAUAUGUUCCGAUGGAGGAUUUUCCCAAAUUACUGCUCAUUACCAAACCACUAAAGAAUUCAAUACUAAGGAAUGAUGAAAUAUUUGUAUUUUAUUAUAAAGAUUUUAGAGAAAGGGCACUAAUUGAAAUAUCAAAGCUAAAUGGAACAAUUAACAUGGGGCCAAGAUUGGAUAUAGAAGUUAGCGAUGAAAUGUUUAAUCCAUCUCUUCCUCUUAGUAUUGAUCAAGUUCAAACCAAAUCGAAUAGUCAGAAGAUAUCGAAAAAUUACAAAAAAUUACAACAAGUUGUACAGAAUCACAUUGCAUUGAGAAAUAGUAUUGAGAGAUUGACUGUUAGUGUAAAGGCUCCAAAGUAA